AUAUAAGCCCCAGAGGGCUGGCGCUGCCCCGAUCUCUUCCACCGGCUUCUGCCUGCCAGAGGGGAGCCUUUGCAGCAGCUCUCGCACAACGCCCACCAUGUCCCAGGCUGGUGCUCAGGAGGCCCCCAUCAAGAAGAAGCGCCCCCCCGUGAAGGAGGAAGAUCUGAAGGGGGCCCGUGGGAACCUGGCCAAGAACCAGGAAAUCAAGUCCAAGACCUACCAGGUCAUGCGGGAGUGUGAACUAGCUGGUUCCACCGCCCCGUCGGUGUUCAGCGGCACCCGGACCGGCACCGAGACCGUCUUUGAGAAGCCCAAAGCUGGACCUGCCAAGAGUGUCUUUGGCUAAGAAGUGCACACCAUUCCUCUCGCCACUGCCAACUCCUAGAUGCAGGAGCCUUUCCCAAAAACUUUUUUUAUGCCAGAAUGCACCUUCUCACCUGCUGCCUCUGGGACUGCCGCCUGUCCCUCAGAGCCCUGGUCCCUCAGCCCAGGGAGUCUGCACCGGCACCUGGGGAACAAUAAAGAGGAUGCCCAAGUGACUCCGGCAUUUGGAGGGUGUUAGUUGGUCACCAGCCAUAGCUUCUCAGUGUAGGGGAGGGGCAGGUGGGGUAGGGGGUGGGGCAUGUUCUGUACCCUUUGUGGGCUUUUGGGAGGUCCCAGAGGAUAAGGCAGGUGCCAUUACAGCCACUGCCACAUGCCAGAAAGUCUUGGACGUGGUGAACUGGCGCUGAGCUGUGUGGCUUCAGACCAGUCUCUGCCUUUCUGAGUCUCAGUUUUCCCUCCCAUCUGAAAAGGGACUAGAGCUGGAGCCUGUUGCAUAAAACAGGCCACAGUAACACUGCUCAGAGUGAAGCAGGUGGGGGCCCGAGGCUCACCCCUCCCCCUGCCUUCCACAGAAGAUGUUGAGAUGCUUCCAAGGACCCCAAGGCUCUGCAGGACCAGGUCACCUCAAAACCCCUUUCCUCUGGGGCCCUUAGUUGUACCACCUCCUUGCCAGCUCACACCCCUUAAAGACAAAACCAGGGCGAGGCCCCUUUCUGGCCAGUGGUAGUCUGCUUACUGAGCUGCUCCUUUCUCAGACUCAGGGUGAGCCUCCCCCUCGCCACUCCCACCGGUCCGCCUGCAUUGUGAGAACUCCAGGUCCUUGGCUCAUGAGCGGUUCUUCCGUCCUCAGGCUUCAGUGUCCCCUGUGUGCAUGGAACUGUCAGAUCCAGGGGACUGCAGAAGUCUGUCCCCCUGUGACGGCAAAGCCAUAGGCAGUCCUGCCUGCUGCCUGCACGGAAGUCCGCCUGUCCCCUGGGCACGUGGGGGUGGCUGCUUGGAGCCUUCCCCACGUUCUCAGCCAGCAUGGCGUCCUUAUAUAGCUGUCUUCAGGCUGGGCCCGUGCUCUGUGCCCCGAGUGGCCCUUCUGUGGGGCAGGGCCUGGGCCUGCUCACCGUGCUCCUCGGGGUGGGGGGGCGGCUCUUUGCUCAGAUUGCUGACCGGGUGUGAAGCCCUGGAUGAUCCCAACCAUAUUCAGAGCCAAAGGGCAAACAGUAUAGAUGCGCACAGAGAUGCUUUCUGGAGGGGAACAUUGACUUACAGCCAGAGACACAGCUCCAGAAUCCUGGAUGCUCCUACCACUGAUGGAGGGGAACUUGGGGGCCGGUCACUGCCUCAGAACCUUGUGUGGGCCCCCGAAAUGGCUACUCCCCUCCCUCCCCACCCCCACUGACAAGUGCCACCAAGUCACCCUCCUUCCUCAACCCAGGGCUUGGCACCUGGCCACCACUUUCCUGAAGCAACUUUACCUUAUCUAUGGCCAGACUCGGGAGCUGGGCUGUCCCAGAGCCGCCAGGGACGCAAGCACCAGCUGCAUCCGGAUCCCUUAAUAUUUAUUCAUUUUAUUGCUAUUUGUUAUAAAAGCAGCAUUUCAAGUUUAUUAAAGAAAAAUUGAAAAAAGCUACUGGUAAUCCUACCCCAGGCCCUCGGGUGCAUUCCUACGGGUCUGGGCUCAGGACAGUGGCACUGCCUUGGUGUGCUGAUGGCUGGGUGUCCUGCGCUUUCUCACGCAAGCCGUGAAUCAUGGGCUCCCUUGGCACGACCGACCUCCACAGGCUAUCUGAGUGCACACACCGCCACAAUGAAUCACCCCCUUCAGGACUUGUGUUGCACGAUUUCCUAUCAAUAAAUUACCCGGAAGGAGACUUCCGGGCCACAAGGUG